AUGCAAGCGGUGCGCAAAAUUUCGAGCUAUGUGCGAAAUCCGCGCGCCGUGCUGUUACAACAAAUGGAAAACCGUCGGCAGCCGAUCGACGAUUUCACGAUACCGUACGACCCGAAGAAGGUGAUCCUACGCGUCGCGCUUCCGCACGUGACGCUACUGCUGGUCUCCUUACUCUACGCCAUCGUCGGAUCAUGGAUUAUUACGAUACUCAAGUAUUCUCAAGAAAACCCACAAGAAGAUUAUGCGGGGUUGGAAAGGCUGAAACGUCACUACUCAUCCUUGCUGGUUUCCGGCCAUGGCGGCAGAGAGUUUGGCACGUUUGUGAAUAAAGCUCAUGAAAUUUAUCGUCGGCUGCCCCUAGCCACCGACGCGAUGAGCCAGGAGUUUUCGCACGAGAAUGCUACAAACGCUUGGUUCCGGCGUUUCCGGUGGAAUAUGCUGUUCUCAGCCACAACGCUCACUUCAAUUGGAUACGGUUCUGAUUCGCCGACCUCAACGCUUGGUCGUCUCUUUUGCGUAGUAUUUUUAAUGUUUGGAAUUCCGUUGUAUUUAAUCACGCUAGCCGAUGCGGCCAAAUUCUGCACGGAGCUGAUGAACCGCGCCUACAUGGAGUACAUGAAAAAGUAUAUCUCGUUGAAGCGGAAAUUCUACCGGUGGCGGCAAACGGGUCGAAGUCGUCGCGAGUCGAUCGUCAUCAACAAUGUCAUCAUCGCCGGCGGGGACGAAGAGGUCGCCGAAUUCCUGUGGACACAUCUCGAGAAGGCACACUUCGUCGAGAUCCCCUUCGUGCUCGUCUACGCUAUAUUGUUGCUGUAUAUAGGGUUGGCCUCGUGGUUGGUGGCUCGAAUCGAGGGCUGGACAUUUGCCGAUGCGCUCUACUUUAUCAUAAUGAGCGUGCUGACCAUCGGAUUUGGAGAUCUGGUUCCAGUAAACGAGGGCUGGAUCGUGGUGGUGUUGGCCGUUAUUCUACUGGGUCUCGUGCUGACGACGACUUGUGUCGAUAUUGUCGGCGCGUACUACAUCGAUCGAUUGCACUUCUUCGGGCGACGGCUAGAUCAGGAGGAUCCACUCGCCUGGCUGAAAGCGGUCCAACGGCGGCGAAUUCUCGCGAUGAAGCGGGAAGCCAUGCGAAAGCUUUUCGAAACGGUUUCUGCUCUGAAUUACAUCAGAUUGGAAACCGUCCAAAAAUUGGCGCUGGCCGCAAAAGAAGCUCAACAAGUCCACGAACCACCAUUACCACCCAGAGAUUUGAUCGCUUUUAAUGCCACGGCGAAUUCGGUGACGCUCCGGUGGACACAGCCGAUCAAAUUGGAAGAAGGGCGCCGCUAUUGGUAUACGCUCACAUAUAAACCCAGAACCCCCCAACGGCGCACCAACGUCGAGAUGGUCGAUUUCAUCAACACGACCAGCUACGUAGUCUCUGGGCUGAAAUCGUUUACACUCUACGAAUUUUCACUACGAACUACUACCCGAUACGGGCACUCGAUGCCGGCCCGGGCGCAGGAAUACACUGAGCCGUGCACGGUACCUACGCUGUUACGAGUCGAAGCGAUUAGCCCAGAGACGGCCACCGUCUCCUGGCGAGCCCCAAUUAAAAACAACGCGAUAGAGGAAUACGUGGUGCAGUACUCACAAGAACCAGCGCCGCAAUUCCGAUAUUGGGAACGGUUCAAAGUGGGGCCCCAGAAGCGGUUUACCGUAGUCAACCUCACCCCUGGAACCAGAUAUAUCGUGUGCGUGACGGCCACCCACAACUUUGGCCUGGCCGCCAUGUCGAAGAGCGUUCGGUUUACGACCAAAACCUGGUUCGAGGAAAACGAGCUACACCCAUUGCCACUCAUCCAGCGCACCUUUUCAGCGCUCUCCAAUCUGUCGGCGUUGCGG